UCGAGCCAAAUGCGACUCGUGCUGUCCUCGGGCGAAGUGGUCUUCUGCCUCUGUGCCGCUGCCCUGGCGCUAUACACGUGGCCGCUCUUCCUCGACGAUGGCUCGGGCGCGGCCUGGGAGUUCCUCCGCAUCUGGGACGACCAGGAGAACUUCCUGGACAACGACGUGAUCCAGCGCGGCCUGAGUCUGGAGACCCUCUACGCCAUGUUCACCAUGACGCGGAUCAACGUGUACGAGCCGUUCGGGUGGCUGCUCAAGGCGGUGGAAGUGCAGACCUUCGGCCUCGACUCGUGGCGCAUUCGGGUCGUGACAGCCGCACUGCAUUUCGGGGCGGCGUUAGUGUUGGCGCGAGCGUCGGCGAUGCUGCUCGAUAUCCUGGCAUUGCUUUCGGACAUCAAGUCGGGGGCUGAGGGGGACGAUGCAGCGCGAGGGCGAAGAGAGAAGAGGCAUUGGCUCGGCUGUUGCAUCAGUGCGACGGUGUUUGCUGUUCACCCGGUGCACGUGGAGGUCGUCGGGUGGCCGUCCGCGCAGCCGUACACGCUGUGCGCGCUCUUCAGUAACCUUGCGCUCUACGUGUACGUACAGGAAAUGUAUCGGAAGUUGUGUGGAGCUUCGAAAGACGUGGAAAGUGUAAACGAAAUAUUGGGCGUCAGCAUGUUUAGCGGAUAUGGACGCAGUGACCUGCUCUGUUGCGCCCCUGUGGCCGCUACUCUCCUUGCAUUCCUCGCUGUCAUGCUGGUGUCGAAUUACGAGGGAAUGCACCGUGACGCCGACGUGCUGUCCUUGACACUUUACGAGCGCGUGAUCAAGUCACUCACGACGCCGAUUUGGGUUUUACGCCAGAUCGUGUGGCCCACGAAGCUACGCCCACACUACCAACUGCGACCUGGAGAACUGAGCGUGACCAAUCCAGACUACCUGCUUUCGCUGGUAGCGUUGGCAUCGCUGGCGCUGUUCACUCUCUGGCUGUUCCAGCAUCGACAAGCACCGCAGCACCUCCUCGCACUUGCGUACUUUGUCGUCAUGGUGCUGCCAGUUUCGGGGCUUAUCCAGCAUGGGAUGGUUUCAGCCGGGUGCGAUCGAUACGCUUACUUGUGUAGCACUGUUGCUGUGCCUUACGGAGGGGCAGCGCUGGCACGCUGGUUUUUC